UCUGUGUACGGGGAUGGUGGGGAGAUGCAGGAGGGAGUGAGGCGAAACAGUCACAUGCACAACAGACUGUCAAUUUCUGCUCCUCUCUUCGCCACCUGUUAGUUAGUCUCCCUCUCCUCUCCUCUCCUCUCCUCUCCUCUCCUCUCCGCACUGGAAUCCCCUUCUUUUUUAUGAGGAGUUUCACACUUGCACUAUCAGUGAGCCCUAUGACUGUGCGAAAAGGAAAACGUUUAGGCAUCUCCAUACAGGAGCACAUGGCCAUCGACGUAUGCCCGGGCCCCAUCCGCCCCAUCCGUCAAAUCUCUGCCUACUUCCCUCGCCUGUCACCCACUUCCUCCUUCUCCGAACCGCUCUCGCCCAAUCAGGUGGCAGCUCCCACCACUCUCAGCCCUGGCAGCACGGGGCAAGGUGGAGGGGCCGCUGGAGGAGGAGGAGGAGGGAGCAGCGGCCUGUUGUCACCGCUGUUACCAGGAGCGGCGGGCGGAGGGGGGUCGCUGUCAGCAAUGAGCAGCAUGGACACCUCCAUCGAGAUUGACAGCUGUGACAGCGAUGAUAACACCUCCCUGGGGACGCUGGAGUUUGACCUACUGUAUGAGAGAGCCACCAGCUCGUUAAACUGCACAGUCCUGAGAGCAAAGGGUCUGAAGCCGAUGGAUUUCAACGGUUUGGCUGACCCUUAUGUCAAGCUGCAUCUGCUGCCGGGAGCCUGCAAGGCCAAUAAACUGAAAACCAAGACAGUGCGCAACACUCUGAACCCUGUGUGGAACGAGACGCUCACCUACUGUGGAAUCACAGAGGAGGACAUGUACCGCAAAACACUCCGGGUGUCCGUGUGUGACGAAGACAAGCUGACACAUAAUGAGUUCAUCGGGGAGUCGCGGGUGGCCCUGCGUCGCGUGAAGCCUGACCAGACCAAACACUUCAACAUCUGUCUGGAGCACCCACCUCCUCUACCUUCACCGACUGCGAUGAGCACCGCCCUGAGAGGGAUCUCCUGCUACCUGAGAGAGUGGGAGACUGAGCAGCAGAGAAGUCUAGAGGAGAGAGGCCGUCUGCUGCUCUGCCUGCAGUACUUCCCCCCGACCACUGAUGGCGAUGUGAAGGGCGAGGCCAAAGAGAGGGCUCGUGGCGGGCUGUGUGUUGGCGUCAAACGAUGCGCCCACCUGGCAGCCAUGGACGUCAACGGGUACUCAGACCCCUACGUCAAAACGUACCUGAAGCCUGACGUCCAGAAGAAAUCCAAGCACAAAACGGCGGUCAUAAAAAAGACUCUCAAUCCGGAGUUUAAUGAGGAGUUCUUCUACGAAAUCACCUUCUCAGAGUUAGCAACCAAGACGCUGGAGGUCACAGUGUGGGACUACGACCUGGGAAAGUCCAACGAUUUCAUAGGCGGUGUGUCCUUAGGGUGUCACUCACAGGGAGAAACCCUGCAGCACUGGAUAGACUGUCUGAAGAACAAGGGCAAAAAGGUGGAGCGCUGGCACACGCUGACUAACGAGCUGCCCGGAUCCUCGCUGCAGGAAUGAACUGAUCCUCUGACACUGGAGAGACUACCUGACGUUUCAUCGCAUGCUCUGAGGAUUUUCUGCAUGACUAUGAAGGAUUCACAUCCUACUUACUUUGUGUCAUAAAUGAGAUCAUAAUUCAUAAGAGCAUACCCAAAGGGAGGGAGGGGGGGGUCACACUCAGAGAUCAAUACUCUAAUCUUGGAUCUAAAUAGACUUGAUGCAAAUCUGGGAAACCGUCCACACGGCAUGAGAAUUUUCAUAAUCGUAUUCAUUGGGAUCCAUGUCCCCUUUUGUGGAUUUAAAUCAAUCUAAAUGCUCCCGUGCACUGCUCCAAACUGGCCAGAUCUCAAUCAACAAGGAAAAUUGAAAUCGUGCAAGAAAAUAUAAUGAGGUAGAAAGCUGAAUUAUUCCACUCUCAUGUCAGGUUGACUUGCUCUCAUUACAUUCGGCCUGUUAUUUUCAUUAACCGCUGACACCGUUCUGAUCAUCCAUCUCACAGCGCACAUACCUCUCCCUUGCAAUAAUGUUUUGCCAAAUGCUUCCGAAAGGCCUCCAAGUGGUCUUAACACUGUCAGACACUUUGUAUCUUAUUGAUCUGCUGUUGGGUCGCCUGCAGAAAACAAGAGAGGCUGUUGGUUCUUCCAUGUUGAUGGUUCGUGUCAGUUAUUUGCAUGUUUGGUGUUGAUGGAGCAAACUAAUAGUGCCAGGCUCUGCUGCAGGAUGUUUAUCAUUGUGUUGCUCCCAAUUCUCCCGAGGUGUGUUGCUGCUCUGAUUCACUGGAGAGACUUUUUAUUUCGUUCAGGGUCACAGUUCUUUUUAAUGUUGUUUAAUGUGUCAGCUCUAAUAUCACAGUGUCAGUUUCUUGUCGGUGACAUGUUGACCCAAUUUUGCUUCACAAUCCCUAAUUUGCACGGAGGAGAAGAGCGGUGUAAUUAACAGGAAAGUUUCAGAGCAGAUUGGUGUAUGGAGAGCUGUGAAUGGUCAUAG